AUGGAGGAGCUUAAUGUUUAUAUCGUGACUUCCAACUGUGCCCGCAAUCUCAUCGAUGUCGAUCUUUUUGCGGCACACUUUUUUGACGUUCUUCCCUCCUCAUCAUCACCGCCAGAGCUCAUUGUCCUCUCGCUGCAGGAGCUUGCACCCAUUGCCUACUCAUUUUUAGGCGGCUCAUACUUGAGGCCGUACUUUGAUGCCUUCAUCAAAUCGGUCCAACAAGCCACUACCAGACGAUGGAAUGAAUCUUAUACCAAUCUGGUCAAGGACCACACCGGCAUGACUGCGUUGAUGGUCUUUGCUCGCGAAGACAUCGCGGGUAGCAUACCCGAGAUUGAUACUGCCCACGUUGGGUUUGGAUUCUUGGAGAUGGGCAAUAAAGGUGCGGUCGGGGCGCACCUGAAGUAUGCGUCUGCUGGACAACCCGCUCGAACGGCAGACUUGACCUUUGUCGCAGCGCACCUAGCACCGAUGGAAGAUGGACUCGUUCGAAGAAAUCAAGAUUGGCAGAGCAUCGUGGAACGACUAGUUUUCACACAUGGUCAAGAUACACAGCAGAGCGGGCCAGGGCACGAUCAGACAGCUGACGAAAGCACUUCGCUCCUCAAAGACAACGACCACCCGUCGUCGCACGUGGCAAAGAGGUCACCGCACAAUCUUUUUGCUCCGAAUUCAUACCUCUUCUUGGCAGGAGAUUUGAACUAUCGCACCUCGAACAUCAGUCCACUCAAGGAUGAUCAUGCGCGAUUUCCCAAGCGCAAAGCCACUCCUGACAACCCAAACCACUACUCUCAUCUUCUCAAAGAGGAUCAGCUCACGCGCGAGAUGCAGGAAGGAAGAGCUCUCCACGGUCUUACCGAGGCUCCCAUUCAUUUCCCGCCUACGUACAAGUUCUCUAGCACAGCGCAGGAGGUAGCACGGCAAUCUCUGGAAGCCAAUGACUCGGAAGCCGAGUGGUUGUGGUCGUCACAUCGAUGGCCCAGCUGGUGCGACCGGAUUCUGUACCUCGACGACACAGCAAAGUCACAGCGGGCGAGUGGUGGUCCUCGAGCACCGACGGUGAAGCCUGUGGUGUACGAUGCAUUGCCUCUCUUCCCUCAUUCCGAUCAUCGCCCCGUUGCGCUGAGCGCGGCCGUUUCUUUGAGAACAGCCGUGUCACCGGCGAAUCCAGACGCAACGGCCGACGGCGCAAGUGGCUCGAGCCACACUCAUACUGGUAUUCCGUUCCAGAUUGACCCGACAUGGCGAUCUCGGAGAGACGCUGCUCGACGAAAGGAAAUUUUGGUCGGUGCGCUUGCAUAUUUGGGGUUGACCUGGGAAGGUAACGGCAUGAUUCUGGCGUCUUUUAUCGGCCUAUUUGGCGCUUGGUUUGUUCUGCGUUCAUUGUAA